AGAAAACGCACCCCGAUUCCAUGGCAACGAUUCACAGAUCAUCAGUUGCUACGAAACAUUUUUAGUGAAAGAUUUGUUUAGUUGUUUUUGCUCAGUGCUAGCAACGACCACGGAAGUUCAACCACAUUUUUCUUGCCAUUCAAGACGGGUUUUUAAUGGCCAACUUCUUCACAGGAUGUGCCCAGCUUUGAAGACAGACACAAAGAUACUGAGGACAUCAGAGGAUCCCUGUGAGAAAUUAAUCCUGCACCACUUACAGCGCUAUGGACUCUUUACAGCCAGAGAGGAUAGUUCUGGAGGAAACUUCUGUAGCCAAAGGAGACAGAGAAAUGUCCUCCACUUUGACUCCAUCCACUCAAAGACUCAGUCCCCUGAAAGCAAUGACUACAACUUGGAGACUGAGGAACCAGAGCCUGGCAGGAGGUCAUCCGCCUUGCACCUAGGACAAGCCCUCAGGACUAGGCAGCUGGUCAUAGAUUAUGACAGGGGACGUGCCAUCCCCAGGCUCAGAGAGCCCUUGGAUCUGUUUGCCAUUCCCUCUCCCUCCAGCCCCUUCCAGGGGAUCCGAUGGCCCAUCGAGUGUGAGGUCAUCAAGGAAACCAUGCACCACAUAGAGUGGGACCCUCCAGAACCAGAGCCAUUCUACCAGCCCACAGGUCAUGAGCGAACUCCCAUGCCUGUUGGAGAGGAGAAAGGAAAUGUGGUAUACUACAUUGACCCAGCCACAAAGACGCCCUACUUUACUUACUCUCGCAUGGGGGGUUGCCGGGGGCCCAUCAGCAAGUCCACCGCCGGUGGCCCUCAUCAGGAGCAGUCCAACCUGGCCUUUGAGUCACGCUUUGAGAGUGGCAAUCUGCAGAAAGCAGUUCAAGUCGGUGUCCAUGACUACGAGCUUACCCUGCGCACUGACAUGUACACCAACAAACACACACAGUGGUUCUACUUCAGAGUCAGGAACAUGAAGGUGGGGGUCACCUAUCGCUUCACCAUAGUAAACAUGAUGAAGGCUAGCAGUCUGUACUGCCUGGGCAUGAAGCCCCUGCUUUACUCUGAGAGAGCCGCAUGGGAGAAGGGAGAGGGCUGGCGCCGGAUUGGCUCCAACAUCAGGUACUACCGCAACCAGCACCACCAUGCUGAGCAGGACAGCGCCACCAAAAAGUCCCUCCACUCCCUCACCUGGACCUGCCAGUUCCCCUAUGACUCUGACACUUGCUUCCUGGCCCACUGCUACCCGUACACCUACUCCCACCUGCAGCGCCACCUCAGCCGCCUGACCUCCGACCCGGCUACCUCCGCCUACUGCAAGCUGCGGGUUCUGUGUCGCAGCCUGGCCGGCAACACCGUGCAUGUGCUGACUGUGACGUCACCGGAAGGCGGGUGGGCAGAGCGGAGUGCCAGAAAGGCGGUGGUGGUAACAGCCAGGGUGCACCCUGGGGAGACCAAUGGUUCCUGGAUGAUGCAAGGCUUCCUGGAUUUUCUGCUGGGAGAGUCGGACGAUGCAAGGCUGCUGAGGGAGACCUUUGUUUUCAAGGUUGUGCCCAUGCUGAAUCCAGACGGUGUGGUGGUGGGGAACUACCGCUGCUCUCUGGCCGGCAGGGACCUGAACAGGAACUACAAGACCCUGCUGAGAGACUCCUUCCCCUGUGUCUGGCACACCCGGAACAUGGUCAAGAGGCUGAUGGCUGAAAGGGAUGUGGUCCUGUAUUGUGACUUCCAUGGUCACAGUCGCAAGAACAACGUGUUCAUGUACGGCUGUGCCAACAGCGAUGACCCCACGCAGCGGCUCCGUGAGAGAAUCUUCCCUCUCAUGAUGAGUAAGAACGCCGCUGACAAGUUCUCAUUCAGGAGCUGUAAGUUCAGGGUUCAGAAGAGUAAAGAGGGAACGGGACGCAUCGUCAUGUGGAGACUAGGCAUCAGGAACAGCUACACCAUGGAAUCGACUUUUGGAGGCUCUACUCUGGGGAACAGGAAAGGGACUCAUUUCACCAUGCGGGACUUGAAGUCUCUGGGGUACUACUUCUGUGACACACUGCUGGACUAUUGUGAUCCAGACCCAACCAAGACCAGUCACUGCCUGGCUGAGUUGGGUGCAAUGCUGAGACAGCAGGUCAGAGAGAGGCUGGGCCGGGAAACUGACUCUGAUGGAUUAGUCAGUGUCUCCAUUUCUGACAUUGAGUCCAGCACCAGUGGCUCCAACAGCACAGAGUCUGAUGGCCUGCCUGUUCAUCUACUGAACCCAGCUGACAAAACCCAAGCAAAGAAGAAGCACCUGAGAAGUCGUAAGGACAGAAACAAACUAAGAGAGAAGAGAGUCAGCAAGAAGGUCCACCACAGGAACAUCCAGAACAUUGACCGCGUGCUACCCACUGAUGACAUGGCGGAGGUGAGUGUGCAGGAGGACACCGUGGCUGUAGUCAGAGACAACCCGAGAGAGAAGGUGCCCUUUGUGGUGAAUGGUCAAUUAGGACACACCUGGAUACCUCAUCCCACCACUCACGUCGGAGUCCUAGGCCAUGUGACCCUCUGGCAGGAGGAGUUGCCGGAAAAGAAUGAAUACCUGCAGGCUGUGAAUGCUGCAUACCUGUGUAGUAGAUCCCGUACUCACCCAACUCAGCCACCUAUCACAGAGGAGCAGCGACAGUGUCACAGUCACCAGCUGCAGUUUGGCUCCUUCCAACCUCCGUCCCUCUCUGCCCCUCAGCGACGCCCCCAAUCGGUCAUGGCCAUACAGCAACGCGGCCUCUCUGUGCCGGUUCCCACCACGAGGAUCAUGGUUCACACCACCCCGAUCCAGCAAAAGCCCAUGCCCUUCAGCCCUGAACACAGAACCAGCGUUGGGCUGAGGGGGAAGCUGCCUCUUUUCCACAAUCAUAGGCAGUUAAGGGUCGUCCAUGGGUUGCCUUCACAAGGCCUGCAGCCCAACCGCUCCUCCCACUUCUACCCAUCCAAGUCCCGCCACCAGCAGAGACAAGGUCACGCAGCCCCAGUCUCUAUACACUACUACAUGCCAGAGGCCCUAACCUUCAACACAGAGUCCCUGGGGGCCCAAUGGAAAAGCCCAGAAAAAGAAAACAAAAAAGGUGAAUCAGAAUCAGAUGCUGUGCCUGUGAGUGAGCAGGAACGGGGAGGACUUCCGGGAGCCUUCGAAAAACCCCUGAGUAAACCUGGGACAGAUGGCAACUCCUUCUUGUCAGACCUGAGGCACAUCAAAAGGAAAAGCCAUGGCCACCAGUGGGGUGACCAGCCAGGGGCUGCAGUACACAGGCCGGUCCUGUUAAAGACAGUGUCACUGAGGGGGGAGGCAGGCAGGUGUGUGUCUGUUGGAGAUGGAGCAGCAGUGAGUGUGAACAACCACCGACCGGCCCAGAAGACCUUGCAAGUAGAGGACAUAGGUGUUCCACCAAAGAUGUCCUGGACCACCAAAACCCAGACCAAACACGCCCCCCUGCAGCAAGACACUUUACAGAGACUUGAGAAACUCAGCCUGGACAGGUCUUCUAGGUUCCUCUCCAGUGGGGUAGGAGCUGAGGCAGGUCUGAAGGAGAGGAUGAUUGCCAGAGCAUCAGGGUAUAACCCUCCUCCCAGUACAGCACCUUUGAGUGGAGAACCAGGCAGGGACAAAUUGCCAAGUGCAAGACAGCAAAUAUGAACAAUUAAUGUCGACUACAGGGAAUUUCUGCAACUAUUUUCACCAUGGGACAUGAUAGUACAGCACAUUGCCUUUGAGAUGGAAUUUGAAAUGAAGUAUUAUUCCCUUGUUUGCCUUUUUUUUUUAAGUGGGCAUUAUCACAUUGUGUCACUGUCUAUGCUGUAAUGAUUUCU